AUGCAGCUUACUCUGGGCGCUUAUGAAUACUAUACAGAGCUCGCCAAGGAAGGUAGACGGGCCGUUCUCGACAAAGCGAUCGAGCUCGCUACUAGUCUCCAUCAACAAUAUCCCACUGUUACGCGGGAAGAAUUGACGAUUGAGAUUGGGGGUAUUCUUCUGGCGAUCGAUGUUCGACCAUUUGUGACGGGAAACCUCCACAUCAUGGUCAACCCUAACUACGCCUACUACCAGCGCAAGACCGUGGAAGCCGCAAGAAGACUGCAUCGUCUGUUCCAUGAGAUUGAUCCCGACUUCGAUCCCUCCCGUCUUGUGCUGAAGGUUGCGGCCACCUGGGAGGGACUCCAGGCGUGCCGGGAGCUGCGGUACUCACGUAUUCAGACCUUGGCAACUACUCUGUUCACAAUGGAGCAGGCUGUCUUGGCCGGGGAAGCCGGGUGCGUCUCCAUCUCGCCCUUUGUGCAUGAGCUCAAAGCUAUCUUCGAGCCCAGCUACAAGGGCUCAGAUCCGCUGUUGCCAUUGUGCGUGCAGGCCCAGCAGUGGUAUUGGCAAAAGUCGUUGCCGACCAAGGUCAAGGCAUGUGCGACAAUCGGAUUGGACGAGAUCUUGCAGCUGGCCGGUGUGACAGCGUUCACCCUGGUUCCAGAUGACCUGAAAUUGCUGCAGUCUAGCCACAAGGACGUGGACGAGGUGCAAAGCUUGUCAUUGUUCCAGGAUAGGGGUGUCAUGCAAGAUAAGCUUGCCUACCCGUCUUACAUCAAUGAUGAAGCCGGGUACCGCUUGGCUUUUGCGAGAGUCGAAGAAGGCCGCGCGCAGCUGAAACUUGGGCAGGCGAUAAAUAUCUUCUGUGAUUUCCAAACCAAGGCCGAGCAGCUGGUUCGGGAUGCGACGUGUGCAUGA